AUGGCCGACGGCGCCGCCGACACGGAGGCGGCGCUGCAGCUCGACCCGACGAGCCGCACGUUUGACCCAAAGGCGUACAUCCGCCACGCCCACGCCCACGCGAGGCACGUCGACAUUGAAAAGACGCUCCUGCAAACCGUCGGCCGCGAGGCGGAGGUCGCGGAGGAGGCGAUGAAGGCGCUGGUCCGCGACAACAUGGGGGCCUUCAUCGGCUGCAAGGAGGCGAUGGACGUGAUGUACGCCAACGACACCUCACUCUUCACUGGGGAGGCGGUGGACCCCAUCGCGGAGGCCUUCCAGACGAUGCUGGAGGAGGGGGAGGCGCUCAUGGCGCCCACCGUGGAGCUCUUCGAGGAGCUGCGCAGCUGCCGGCUCACUAGGGAAAUGCUGGAGAAGCUCAUGGUGGUCUGGAGUGUGCCCGGCGCCAUCUACGAGUUCUGCGGCGUGCGUGUGCCGCAGCGUCACGGCAACCGCGACCGGCGCGCGAAGGCGGAGUCGGAGGCCGCGAGGAACCCCGACGGCAGCGGCGGCAGCGGCGGCCCACACGCAGCGGAGGAGAUGAGUGGCGUGUUGCCGCGGGGUGUGCGGGGGGCCCUGGAGGAGGCCACCGACAGCGCCGACACGGGCGGCGACUACGUCCUGAGGCCCGGCGAGGAGCUGCUGCAUUGGCACGGCACCCCCCUCGCACGUCGGCAGUCCGGCCAUCAACAGCCCCGCGGCGAGGGCGCGGCGGGGGGGCGCAGCAACUACGAGGCCGCCGUGCUGAGCCUGCGCCGCGCCAUGCUGUACCUGGAGGAGAACUACGACCUGGAGCACGCGACGGUGCUCGGCGUCGAGGCCGGCGACGACGCCGAGCCGGAAACGGAGGCGGCCCGCAGUUCACUGACGACGCCGAAAAAGCCGCAGCCGCAGCAGCACGGCGGCCUGACGCUGACGUAUCGGUACGCCUUGUCCCUCCUCCGUGCCGCCCUGUUCCUUUGCGAGACGAUGGCGCAGGAGCUGCGGCGCGCCAGUGCGGCUGACACAGUCCUCAUUGAGGACACCCUCUCGUCUAUGAUGGACGGCGCCAUUGCGGCGGUGAAGCUCCGCCACUUCUGCUGGACCGCGCACAAAAAACUGCAGCCCGACACCCCCCACACCGACGCCUUGUCGGAGCUGCGGCAAGAACUGCAGGAGGAUGGCAGCAACAACAACAACGCCCAUGAAGAGGACGAGGACGACGCUUUCGAGUCGCCCAUCUUGACGCCGCUGCUUGACUCAUUCGCCGGAACCGAGACGAACUCCAGCGUUGCCACAGCAAAGCCGCUGCCCUCGAGUGCCUCGAGCGAGCUCGGCAGCCAGCUGCAGGGCAAGGAACCACAGCAGCAGCCAUCCGGCCCCGCGAGGCCGUUGGAGCACCCGGUGGAGUACUACGUCCGCAUCACCCGGAACCAGCAUGUACGCAUGAUGGAAAACACCGCCUUUAACAUUAGCCGCGAGGCAAGCGAGUGGCAGAUGAAGUUCAUGCCAGGCGAGACACUGACGGAAAAUGCCUCGGUGCGCGACAUCGGCAAUGCAUCACGGCUCGCGUGGUUGGGCUCCCUUGCGGCGACCGGGGGACUGCUUGACAACGCCGAUGACUCUUUUGUGCUUUGCAACACGACUGGGUUUCAGCCACUGGAGUCUAUUGCGCUGGCUGUGGGCACCACAAGUGAUCGCAUCAAAGUCGGUGGCUUCGGCGUCGACGUGGCAGAGUCCAAUGAGCAGCAGCAUGCGGAGGCGAUUCUCGAGGCGUUUCGCACCCCCGAGGCUGACUUCUCGCGCUUCACGACGUUCAGCAUCGGCGAGGUGGAGAUGAGUGGGGUGCUGGAGUGCUCCGCCAGGCAGCUUGUGAUGUGCAGCGCGAGGCUGCUGCGGCAGCUCACGAGUCGCGCGGAUGCCACGAUAGACGUCUCCGCCUCCGCUGCCGCCACCGACACCUUCUCUGGCCGCCUCCUUGCGGCCUGCGUGGAUCACCUGGAGCUUGUGUUGGUCUCCUACUGGGGCGGUAUCGCGGCCGCCGUGCACGCCGGCAUGUUUGACUUCUCGCUGGACCCCAACAGCGCGUUGUACCGCAUGAUGCAUGGACCGGCGGUGUUAGGCGCCUCUGACGAGGAUGACGCUGACGGGGGUGGAGGCGGCGGGGGGGAGGCGGCAGCUGCGGUGCGGCAAGCCGGCGUCGCAGUGAACAGAGGCAAACACACGGACGAGCUGCCGCGCCUGGCGUACAUUCCGGUCGUGCGGGAGGGAUCUCCGACGCUGCGGCAGCUGUCGGUGGAGCUGGUGCGACGGGGCGUGAAGGCCGCCGGGGAAAUUUUAUACGCCCUCUUCCUCAGCAGCAUCAACCGCACCCUGCUGCGGAGCUUCGUGCGCACCAUGGCGGCGUAUCGCGUCUCCGACGUCGCGCACAAGAGCCGGGACGAGGAGGAGGAGCAGGUGGAGCUUCACGCCGCGGUGCUCGUGGAGGUCAUUCUCGCGCAGUGGGAUAAGGCCAUGACGCACGUGAGCGACUCCGUGCGGCGCAUGAAAAUUGUGAUUGGGGAGAGUUGCACCUCCGCCUCUGUGGUGAGUGAGGCGCAGGCGCAGGAGGUGGGGGAGUUGCUGGAGGACCUGGAGCAGCUGCGCUCCAGCCUCUUUCGCUGCUACGCGCACGGCGUCGGCAUGCUGGCCAAGGCCUACGUGGCGCUGCUCCCCUCGCUGCGGCCGACGACGCCGGCGAUGAAUGUCAAUAAAACCGUCGCCGCCCGCGUGAGCCGCGAGUUCGUCUCCUCAGUGCUGGUGAACAAGUUGCUGAACCUGCUCUCCGUCGUGGUAGACCGCACCGCCCCCUUCCUGCAGCGCUUUGAUGAAGUGUACGACGGCAUUGACCUCUUCGCCGCCAAGGCGGAACGCGAGAGGCCGGAGGACGCCAACCAGCGACAGCGGCAGCAGGGCCAGCACGCGCGUGUGCUGCGGCGGAGCCCGAAGGAAGACCUGGAGUCGUCCACGCAGCUGGACACCGUCACCGCCUUCAUGGCGCAGCGCAACAGCAAAAUGGUGCUUGAGCACGUGGAGGAGCAGGAGGAGAUGCUGCUGGCGCUGGUGACGAACAUCAUGCUGGCCUUCGUUGACGCCCUGCACCAGGGCUGCCAGCGGGCGUCACUUAGCGUGAGCACCGCCCUCGAGACACGGGAGGUGGUGCACAUCGAUGGCCUUGCGGAUGUAUUGUGCCUUCCGACGGCGGUCGUGCCCAUUGUGCUUGGGGAGCUUGUGUCGCCGUGCAUCUUGCAGGUGGUGGCCGCGCUCCGGCCGGAGGCGAAGACGACGCAAGAGGUAGAAGCGCUGGUAGGCCGCAAGGAGGAGCACUUCCGGGUCGACCACAUCUCACAGCUGGAGGACCAGUGCCAGCUGGCGGUGGAUGCCAUGCUCAGCAUGCUGCUUGUCACACCGCAGCAGCGCAUCACGCGGGAGGUGCGGUCCCCGGGCUUCAUGAUGCCUAUGAUGGACUGGCAGCGUGUGUCUGCCCACACCGCCGGUGCCGUGCGGCCCUACGUCGCCGACAGCCUUCUCCUCAUUGUGCGGGCCCACGAGGAGCUGGAGUACCUGCGGCAGCCGCUGCUCGCCGCGGCGGUGACGCAGCGGCUUGUGGCACACUUUGCCCUGACCUUCGUGACGGCGCUGAGCAGCGAUGGGAACGCCUUUGAGGUGUCACUCGACUGCAGCGUCAACUUUCUCACUCACGGCUUGCUGCUGAUCGAGGCGGAGGCGCGCACCAUCCUCGGCGUCGCCGACACGCUCGCGGAGAGCGUUGCAAGUAAGUCCGGCGUGGACGCCGUGAUACCAGAGCUCAACGUGGCGCGUGAGUUGCUGCGCGGCACCGUGGCGGCGCUGCAGCGUCAAGGCACCGCCGUCUGCGAGGCCCUCGCGUCGCGCCAGGCGCAACUUCCUUCCGGCGGCGGUGUGGGCGGGGCGGGCGAUUCCAUGACGCCGCGGCAGCGCGAGGCACGCUGCGGGGCGAUGCUGCACGGCGCCAUGCGACGCCUGCGGUCCGUUGUGCAGGCCAUCGUGACGCACGUCGACGACGCCACCGUCACGGCGGCGUUCAAGCCCCUUGUCGGCAGCGUCACCGGGAGCGUGGCGGAGCGGCUGGCGAGGCGCAGGGAAAGCUACCGCGUGGCGCACACCGCGCGGUCGCAGGCGGAGAAGCGGCGCGUGAAGCUGGUGGUGAGGCCAGAGAGCGAAGCGGCACCGGCACCGGCGGCAGCAGCAGAUGCAGCGGGUGAGGCGGCAAGCGGGGGGGCCGCGGCGGAGGUCCCGACACGCCCCCGGCGGGCCAUGCGAAAGCAGCGGCGGCAGGUGACGAUAAAAGAGGAGGUGGAGAGCGACGCCACGCCGACGCCGCGGGCGGUGGAGCACGCGUCGGUUCUGCAGCGCGCGGCGGAGCAGGAGGUGAGGCGCGUCAGAACCUCGACGGAGCUGGGGGGCAGUACGAGCGUGGCGGAGCGCAGCGUGGCGGAUGUUCGCCAGCCGCGCGGUGGCGCAGUUAAGCCGGGGCCGCCGCUGCGAGGCCGACUGGCCGCCCGGGGUGAAAAGGCGGCCGAACCCUCCACCGCCCCUGCACCAGCGGCACCAGCGGCGGUGGGUCGCGGCGGGAGAGGCGCCCACGGGCAUCGCUUUAAGCGGCCUCUCGCGCUCUGA